CCCGCGUCUCUAUGAUAGAGCCGGCCUUGGAGGCGGUAACUGCUGUGGCGGCUGUGGUGAAGCCGAGUGAGGGGUCCAACUUUCUUACUGGACUGAGAGGUUUUGGCCGCGGAGGGUCGCGAUGUCAGAGAAAAAACAGCCGGUAGACUUGGGUCUGCUGGAGGAGGACGACGAGUUCGAGGAGUUCCCUGCAGAAGACUGGGCUGGUUUAGAUGAAGAUGAAGAUGCACAUGUCUGGGAGGAUAAUUGGGAUGAUGACAAUGUAGAGGAUGACUUCUCCAAUCAGUUACGAGCUGAACUAGAGAAACAUGGUUAUAAGAUGGAGACAUCAUAGCAUCCAGAAGUGCUGAAGCAACCUAAACUUGAACUGUUUACUAAAUUCUAGAGCAGAGAACCCAGGAUGGGACACUUAAAAAAUGUUUAUUUCGUUACCUCCUUGGAUUUAUUUUUGUUUUUGUAACAAAAAAUAAAUGUUUUGAUCUAAUA